CUCAUAUGGUUUCUGAUAAGGGAAGUGAGGAAAGUUCAUUGUUAACGGUAGAACAGAAAGAGAGAGAGAGUUUCAGCUACAGAGCGCAGACAGUGGCAUAUGCCCGACACUCGCUAAACAGAGAGUCAGUCACUAGUAUUAUAUUAAACAUUAUGGGCACUGAAGUGAAAAAUACAGACACACCACUGUCAUUGAAAAAGUUUCACAUCUCCGAGGAUUAUGGGUUUAUUCUUCCUGAACCUCUGACAGAGCUGCCGGUGCACUACAAGCCCUGGAUGGACAUUGCCAGAAAUGUGACAGAACUCAUCUCUUCUCAUUCUUUGCGCCUCAGAAUUCAUGAUAUGCCUCUGUUGGAGACUCAUUUGUUGCAGACCCAUCGUGAGCUGCGCUUGGCCCAUCUGGCUUUGAGCAUGAUGACUAUGGGUUACGUAUGGCAGGAGGGAGAGAGAGAAACAGUAAAAGUGCUUCCGCGGAAUCUAUCGGUGCCCCUCUGUGAAGUGUCUCGGAGACUGGGUAUGCCCCCAAUUCUCAUCCAUGCGGACACUGUCCUUGCUAACUGGAAGAAAAGAGAUCCAGAUGGACCUCUUUCCAUGGAGAACUUGGAGUUGUUGUUGACAUUGCCCGGAGGGGAAAGUGUAAGGGGUUUUUUUCUGGUUACACUGCUGGUGGAGUUGGCAGCUGUUCCUGGCCUGAAGUCUAUCCUUGAUGUCAUCAACGGUGUCCAUUAUAAUGAUGUUGCUAUGGUCACCAAAGCUCUGGAUGUUGUCAGUCAGGCCAUAGACAGCAUGAAACAGGCUCUUAAACUAAUGCAUGAAUAUGUAGAUCCAUCCAUAUUCUACGGCAUUAUGAGGAUCUAUCUGUCUGGAUGGAAAGAUAACCCAUCAAUGCCGGAAGGUCUCGUGUACGAGGGAGUUCAGGAGAAGCCAAUGGAGUUUUCGGGAGGCAGUGCCGCACAAAGUAGUAUCCUACACUCCUUUGAUGAGCUGCUGGGAGUCCAACAUAAAGGUGACAGCGGGGCCUUCCUGAGAAGAAUGAGGGACUACAUGCCGCCCUCUCAUAAGCGUUUCAUUGAAGACAUCUCUAGUCGCCCGUCCCUGCGCAACUUUGUGCUCCAGCAAGCGGAUGAGCAUCUAACGCACACAUUUGAACAGUGUGUGGCUCGCUUGGUGGACUUUCGAAAUUGCCACAUCAACAUUGUCACCCGUUACAUUACUAUACCGGCCUCCCGUGCCAGACAGCUCCGUGCAAACAAGCAGGGUUUGGUCGAUGAGCUCGAUGCAAUCAGAAAAGCACCAACAGCGCUGGAGGAAAGAGGUACUGGAGGUUCAGGGAUUAUGAUCUUACUGAAGACUGUGCGUGAUGAAACUAAAGAUAUCUACAUCCCACACUGUACUAAUGGGAACCAAGUCUUGCCAGAUGCACCGAUGACAGCGAUACAGAAGGCUGCAUCUGAGCUCACAAUAGAAUGAAAAUAGUAGCCUAUCUUUGAAUGGUGAUUUGACAACCCAGGCUCAUUGGAAAAAAUCAUGUCUGUGCAAAAUGAUAUUAUGUUGCUUUUUGCAUGUUUCACAACACUUUCGAAGUGAAAUGCCCAGUGAGUGGCGCUAAAAACACAUUAAGUUUUAUCCACAACAGAUGAACAUGAAUCUGGCAAUGUUUUAUUAAAGGUGCAGUAAGCGAUUUCUGAGAAACGCUGUUGAAAGUGGAUCAGACCGAGCACCACAACACACUUGUAUAUACUCUUGUGUACUGUUUGUUCAUUUUUUUGUUCUUCCUUGUUGUUCGUUCAUCAUCUUCACUUUAUUUUUCACGAAGCAAUAUUUUUCGUCGCUUCAGCUGUAAUAAAGAGACAUCCACAUUGUUUUUUCAUGCAUUUUGGGGGUGGAGCAAUGAAAGGAGGGGUGUGUUUGUUUAGGUUGAUUUCAAAUAUCAACAAUGUUUCUCAGAAAUCACUUACUGCACUAUAAAGUUGGUUGUUGAACCUAUGGCUGCAGUUCAGAAAUGAAAUGUCCAGAGAGUGGUGCUAAAAGGUUAAGGCUUUACCACGUGUGAAAAUAACAUUCAGUACCACUUACACUAAACCCCCCUUUAAAACUGAUAGUGUUAUAAAAGCUAACAUGCCAUAAAAACAUCAACUUUUGCUGAAGCAAUCAUGCCAUUUGCAGUUUCAUGGGACUUUUAGUCUCUGAGCGCUCCCAGGGCUUGAUGCUUAAUUUUGUCCCAAGGAGCACGUUUAGGAGCACAUUAAAAAGCUUUAGGGGUGCAAUUAAAAUUCGUCAAAUAAUGUGUUUUUCCUUAAUAAAGGGAUACAAGGAGACAUUUAUAAACAAAAUGAAUUAAUUUAUUAGAAUACAAAAUGUACACUAAGCUUUUAAAUAUUUCUGCUUCAAAAUGUAAUAUGAAGUUAAAGCUGCAGUCUGUAACUUUUUUGGUUAACAAUGAUCCAAAAUAAAUUUUUGAGCAAGUACAUAACCAGCCAUCUCCUUACCUUAGCCCAAUUCAAUAAUGUUUUCUAAUUCGAGUGGUACUGGUAGGUUUCUGCUGGAAAUUCAAGCAUGUCGCCGUUCGUCUUUGCGUCAUUACGUCACGUCUGUUUACAUAAAGAAGGAGUCCCAGCUAGUAGACUAUAUCAUGUGAGGAUGCUGCAGGUGACGGAUCAUUUAUAGCCUUUUCUCACAGCAGCUGGAAUAAUUAAACUUAUUUUGAUGGCAGAUUGUAUGGUAUGACAAAUUAUCUUUAGAGAUAAGACUGUACAGAAAUUUAAAUAUACAGGUAACGCUAACACCAGAGAUGUUCACGAGUCUUUUAUCUGGAGUCCGAGUCAAGUCUGAAGUCUUUAUCACUGGAGUCCGAGUCAAGUCUGGAGUCUUUUUAUCCUAGUUGUAUUACAUAGACAAAAUAAUAUGAUUGUUCUAUCAUCUGUUUUAUUUGAAAUUAAGGUUCUAUGAUGUAAGGGAUAAUGUACAUCCAGCUUGUUACUUUAUAAAAACAGUCGUCCUGGUGAGUAGUCAUUUUCAAUACAGUCACUAAGUGGACGCAAGAUGGCGCCAGUGAGUCACGGUUUGUUAUACAGCUUCGUUGUUAUUGACGACAGUCAUUAUCAGAAAAUAUCAAACCUCAGAAUGUUUAAGAAUGUCAAUAGAAAACUCUACACAUGCUGAUUGCGAUACGUUAAAAUAUGAGCUUUAAGUAAUAAAUGGAUUAUCAUCUCUUUCUAUCUCUCUCUUAUGGACAAACAUUAAGAAAGAGAAAAGCUGCAUAUAAUACGAAAAGAUUGAUAAAAUGUAGUGCUAGGUUUAAAGGCUAGAUUUUUUUUGUUCAUAUUUUAACAGGCUGGCAAUCCAAAUGACCCAUGCAACUACACCACAGUAUAAUAGCUAGCUGUGUGCGUUAAUGUGACUAACCUUUUUAUUAAAAAACUAUACAUUUUAAAAACCAAAACCAGUUUAGCGCAAAUACAAUGCAACCAAUUUCAUUGGGUAAGGUUAGGGCUGCUCAUUCAAAAUGAUGAGAGAGAUAAAAUAUGCAAUCCUACAACCAUCCACAACAUAUUACAAUACAAACGCCAUAAUGUAAAAAUAUUGUCAAAAUUCAUCAACAGUAAAUCAUAAGCAAUCGAUUGGCAUAAAUGUGAAGUAUUCAUUGAUUGUGAACUGCUCUAAAACCAACAGCGUUGCUACUUUAAAACAUGCAGUGCUCAUAUUUGUGUAAUUAAAUCACAGAACUUUGAAAUUUAAUAAUCACAUUAUUAGGUUGUAUAUUUAUUCCAAAUUAUUAAGUUUGUUGUACCAUUUAAGAUUUUAUGACCUUAAAUUUCAUAACACUGAGGACCCACUGGAACUAUGUUUUCUUAAUUUGCACACAUGCUCCUAAAUAUAUUUUACAGUUCGCACACAUAUCUUUUUAGUCAUAAACGUGAGAGAAAUGCUUGCACUGUCGAGCCUUGGCGCUGUACUGAGUGAGCUACCGAGCAAGUUUACUAUGUCAGAAAAGCCAUACAUAUGAAGCUGGUUAUAUGAUGCAAACGUCAAAAUGUAUUCAUUUGCAAAUCAUGCACUAUUGUAAAAGUGUUUUGAGGUCAUAACAUAUUACAUAUAACAAUAAGUGUUGAUUAUUCAGUAAUCUGCCUCUAAUUAUAAUUUGUGUGAUAAGGAAUAAAUGUUGAUGGUGUUGUACUAUCACCAGUGGUCAUUUCAGCUCAAAACUGCAGUUUCCAAUGAGCCUAUGUUGCAACUUGACCUGCUACUAAGACAAAAUACUCUCAAACAUUUCAUUGUAAGAGGAAAAACUACAAAAAAUUUGCCUCAAAGAAGACUGGUCCAGAAGACUUUUGGACCUCAGUGUAUGUCUUUGAAGAUGUUAAUUUAUCCAUAAUUGUAGAACAAUACAUGACUUCCCAUUACAAAUGUUGUAAUUGUUGCCUAAACAUUAGUUUAGUAUGUACUGCACUUUAUUAACUCAUCAGUGGUAACUUGUGUACUUAAAGCAACCGUAAAUGUAUUAGAGCUUUUUCUGUUCCUGACUCACUAACUUUUAUCUCUGAAAACUGGGAAAUGGACAUUCCUUUUUCAUUUCAUGCAAUUAAUUAUUUUGAUUUUAAACUAUAAUCCAAUCAAAGCAUAUAAGGCACGCACAUACUGUAGCCUUCCUUCAAUGAAAAUUAACGUUAUGGACAUUUUGUGGCAAAGAAUGCCACGAUUUCAAGCCAAACCAUAAUUUGAACCAUCAUCUUUAGUUUCCAUCAUAUGCAACCACUAAUCUUUCCAUUUCAUUUUAAACAGAAUGCAAAAAAUGUCUCCCAUGAGCCUCGAUUCCUAAAUGACAAUUGGCUGCAAUGAGACUGCUCUCAUGCUAGAAAGCUUUAUAUCACAGAUGCUUAUUUUUAGUAAAUAACGAGGAGAAUUUCAAUAAGCAGCUGUUGCCUUUGCAUUUUUGGAUGAAUAAAGAUCCUACUGUAAUUAUA